CGGUCGCCUGUUGUCGCCAGUUUUCCAGGCGAUUUUCAAACAAUCGACAGUGCCCACAUUCGGCUGCAAGAUGGCCGCCAUUACUCUAACAAGAAGUCUUCAAAUGCAACGGAAAUUGUCUGUUCCUCGUUUGGGUUGAUAACCACUUUGCUUCGCCGUUCUUCUUCGGAAAGCUCUGAGUUCAUUUCACGGCUGAGAGAUUUGCUGAACAUAAUAGAUCUCAGUAACAUUUCUGUUGACGAAGAAAACGAAAAGGAAGUAAACAAACGACCACGUGCUUCACGGCGCUUGGAAAUGCCAACGACACCAACGAACAAGACGUCGUCACCUGUAGACUAGGAGUAGUCCCCCGUUUUCCUCAGGGAUAGUAAAGCGUGCGAAACGCGAGCGCGCGUGAAAAUCGCCCCACGCGAGAAAAGGUGACACGCGGCGGGGAGAGAGAAAAAUGAGGGACUACAGACAAAGCCCAAGGUUUUGAACUAAUGCGUUGCUCUCACAACGCAAAACUCUGAUUGGCUCGUCCAUGGAAAUCUGUCAACAUCUGUCAAAAACGCGCCAGCCGCUAUCGACACUCGACAUAAUCACAAUUUACAGAACAAAUAACUAGAGCAGAACAAAUAACAGAACAGGACAAUUAACUAGAGUUGCUCUUGUAGAAGCAACUAAUAAGAAGAAAGCCAACCCGGCAACUGAUGAGGUUCGCGUGGGGAACCGAAACCAUGGUCUUGGCUGAUCACGAAGUGGGAAUAACAGAACAGUCGCAAGGCUGUUAAGCUAAUUCAAAAGUUAUCACCAAGGGAGGAACUACGUGCUCCAGUUUUUUCCAGAAAAAACAAGGGACAGUUAAAAUUCAUGACUGAGUCACAUCGCAAUUCGCCAUAGUUAAUGUAGUUUUAGUUUAAGGUGCAAUCCAUUCUUCGAGAUUUGGAUAUCACUAUCCGUUCUGCUAAAAACGCUAACGAGCUGGGCCCAGCGUGACAAAACAUUGCAGGAAACCGUCACAUUCAUAGCCUCCCACGCAGGCGUUUUUAGGGGAGCUCGUUUUUCAUCCCUCCCCACAAACGCCUGCUCAACCGGAAACAACAUUCCUUUCCCAUUGUUUUAUUUGCGUGGUAAGUGACCAAUCAACAAUUGUGCAAUAAAGUGUUGACAGGCUAAACACGCCUGAACGUGACCCUAGAGUUACCGUUUUCCUUCUUUUCUUUCCUUUCCUUCGCUAAGGUUAUGCAGUGCAUGGAGUAUUCUAAAUUUUGACUAAAUCUUAUUUUUGCCGCUCUGAAUCUAACAUUUAUUAGAGGUCAGAAAGCUUUCCCAGUGUUUAAUGCAGAUCGACUAAUUAUCAGAUUACCUUUGGAAAGUACAAUGUGAUUGGCUAAGCUUGGGAAAGGAAUGUUGUCUGCGGUUGAGCAGGCGUUUGUGGGGAGGGAUAAAAAAAGGGGCUCCCUUAACGCCUGCGUGGCAGGCUAUCACAUUCACGGCCAAAAAGAAAAUCGCUUAAAAUUAUUCAGAUUCAGGAGGCAAUCGCCGGAGAAAUUAAACAACCCAAAACCCUUAUUUAGCCGCAUUGCAGAGCUUUACUUUUCAAAAGAGGUCAGAGAAAAUGCUUUUGCAUCAGAGGGCAAAUCAUGCCAACUAUAAACAAUAACCGCAGAAAAUUAAUAUGCGUGUCACGACCUCUCAGUAUGAAAUAAGCGGCAAAAAUCACAUUUGCUCAGUGAAAACAUUUUCCUCCAGAGCAUAAUCUACCCGUCAGAGAAAAGGACUUGAUUGGAACAAGCAGCAUUUUGGCAUGAGUAGAAGUCGUGUGUUGCCUACACUAUCAAGUUCUUCUCGCGAAACAGCCGUGAAGAAAAUUAGUAUCUGGGUUUUCUUUUGCUUGCAAUAAAUAUCCCCGCAGUUUACCGAUGACAAAAGCAAUGACAGCUCAAUAAGGGAAGGAAUCCCAUUGGAUGUGCUUAAUUGAUUUGGAAGACGAUACGAACUACACACUCCAAAAUCAGUCGGCCGUGAAGGGUCAAAAGCUUGGGCUUUGUCUGUAGUCCCUCAUUUUUCUCUCUCCCCGCCGCGUGUCGCUUUUUCUCGCGUGCGGGAUUUUCACGCGCGCUCGCGUUUCGCACGCUCUGCUAUCUCUGAGGAAAAAUGGGGGACUACUCGUAGUCUACGUCAUCUGUGGCCAUGACACCGCCAAACAGUGGAAACUCGCAAAGAGCUGAAAACAAGAAUGUUUCCACAAAUCUAAAAGAAAUCAGCGAAAAGGAAGAUUUGGAUACUCCAGAAAAGGUGCUGUUGAUGAAGCAGCGAAGCAGUCGCGUCAUCAAGGACGUGCAUGACGUGUGCGACAGAAACAGGGAAAGUUUGGCGAUGGUACUUUCAAAUAUGUGCGCAUUUGGCGACCCAGAAGCGAGGGCCAUUGUCAAUGAAAUUGUCGAAGAGGUGGCUGUAAAAAGGGGAGUAAAGAGGAGUGUGGAAGAGCUAGUUGGCGAUGACACA